AUGGUGGUUGGCGAUAAGGUAAUGGUCCUGGCUAGGUCAGGGCUCUGGCAAGAAGUUGUGAACGUGCCAGCCAGUCACACUUUCCUGAUGCCUGAGGGGAUGAGCUUCGAAGAAGCAGCUGCUCUUCUUGUCAACUACAUCACUGCCUACAUGAUCCUGUUUGACUUUGGAAACCUAAGACCCAACCAGAGUGUCCUUAUCCACAUGGCUGCAGGUGGUGUGGGAACUGCUGCCAUCCAGCUGUGCAGGACUGUAGAAAAUGUCACCAUUUUUGGCACAGCAUCCGCUUCCAAGCACGAUUCGCUCAAGGAGAGCGGAGUCGCUCACCCCAUUGACUACAGAACGAUGGACUAUGCAGAGGAGGUCCGGAAAAUCUCUCCCAAAGGUGUUGACAUUGUCUUGGACCCCCUGGGAGGAUCAGAUACUUCCAAAGCAUUUAACCUGUUGAAGCCGAUGGGCAAACUGAUCACUUAUGGGGUAGCAAACCUGCUUACUGGGCAGAAGAAGAACCUCAUGGCUAUGGCUAAAACCUGGUGGAACCAGUUCAGCAUCAAUGCCUUGCAACUCCUACACCAUAACAAGGCUGUGUGUGGCUACCACCUUGGAUACAUGGAUGAAGAAUUUGAGCUUAUUGGAGGUGUUGUAGGCAAGCUGGUUAACCUGUACAGUCAAGGCAAAAUCAAGCCGAAAAUAGACUCUGUAUGGCCCUUUGAUCAGGUGGCAGAUGCCAUGAGGCAGAUGCAAGAGAAGAAGAAUAUUGGAAAGGUCAUCCUGGUUCCUGAAGCACCCAAGGAAGAAUCCAAAAAAGAAGAGAACUGAGGAGAAGAGAUGUGUGCAGAUUGUGAAUUCAUGGUUUAACUCCCUGAUCUCUUUGGGACCUGGAAAUGGACAGAUCAGUAGCUUCCAUCUUCACCAGUACAAGAACAUCGUGGUUAAAGUUCAGAUGAGGUUUGCAUGCUCUUGUUGUGACUGACCCUUUGCC